AUGUGUGACCAGUCCUUGCCAUUCCGAAGCAGCAACUUCAUGUCCAAACUGCGACAAGACUACAAACAGCGCGUGUCCACCUUUGCAGAGGAUCUCUCUCGGGUCUAUGAGCUACGCGUCAAAAUAGACAGGGCAAACCGUGAGUUCAAGGAAACAAUCGGUAAGCAGAUUGACCAGUUGAUGCUCCUACACUCUGAGAUACUUCAGGAAGCCGAUGCUAUUCGCCAGGGGGACUCACUUCUCCUAACAGAGCAGGAUAUCGCAACCCUCUCCCAUCAUCCUGGUAUCCAGGUCGUUCCAGAGCACUGGCAAGCGUGCGUGCUGGAAAAUAUUCGAGAGAAUGAGAAGCUGAAAGCGCAAGAGAUGAUGGUCAGAAGCCGCUACUUGGAACUUUACCAUCAGAAAGGUCGUCCACGCAUGACUCGAAAUAAUGGUCAUUAUACACGUCGUAUGGAUUGGUAUGCUCGACGUCUAUUUAGUCGUCAAGGCAACGUUGGGGACGGACCCAUACCGGCUAGAACCGUGAAGAGACUCGAGUUUCUAAAACUUUAUGGAGAACCAGAUGUUUCAGAGACCGACUUUGAGCAUGAUUUAAGUGCCCGGACGAAUGUUUCGAUUGAAGACCUCAGACCCAGGGGACAUGGGAAGGGUCUAAUGCCAGUGGAUUAG